GGGAAGACCACGUUUCUUGACCAAAUGGCUUAUUGAAAUUCCAGAAGGAAGUAGAAGGUUUUGUGUUAUAAAAGUAGGUCUAGAGGUCCUUGAUGCGGCAACUUUUGAUGUUUGAGUUUUGUUCAGGCCGCUGCAUAUCGAGAAUAGAAAUUUGAAGAUGAAGGACUGAAGAAGAUGUCGUGACACAAUCGUCUAGUAGGGUCGAGAAAUCGCGGCCCUUAGUGCGCGGAAAUGUUUCCGGGAUGACGUGUGGAUGAGAAACAGGAGACAAGCGCCGCCAGCACGCGACGAUUCGGAGUUUAGGCCUACGGAGUUCUAAAUUUGGGCGGUUUACAUCAACGCAUCCGCGAGCAGCUGCGGCAGUCGACACUGCAGCUACGAACCAUUUCCACGAGAAAUCACGUUCACCUGGUAUUGCUCAGAGCUCUACAAGUUGGUUCGCUGAAAGUUCAAGAACAAGAUGGUGCUUCCAGUCCCUGGAAUCGAAUUUUUAGACGACAGCGUCGUCCCCGAGCCUUCAAGGAAAUACUUCAUAUGGCUCAGAUAUGCGCUUAUUACGGAAAUGGUCCUCGCGGUCUUUCGCAUGUGCCUUGGUACUACAUUCCCAUACCCUUAAAUUCAAAACAGGGGUAGACUAGAAAUCGACUAAACGCCGUCUAGUCCUUUCAGCGCCUUAAAUUGUAAGCGCAUUUUUGUCUGCGGGCAUUAUUUUUCGGGAUAUGUUGCACAUCUUUUCUUGUUUUGCGACUUUCGUCACAAUAUUAGAUGACGUACGUUUGGAUUUAAUGAUCAACUGACACGGGUCCGACUGAACAAGGACCCAAAGAGAACUAGGUCCAAUACAAUCGUAACUACCAUAUCCAGGUGACAUUGCGGGAGCGUUAUCCGACAUAAUAUGUAUCCUCUUUGGCAUAUUUUUCAUGCGCAACGAUGAGGUCAUAGAACAGAUCUAUCGCUAUCUGAAGAACACGAUGAUAGCAAUGUGCUGCGGGGGUGGUACGUAAACACUAAAUGUAGCAAAAUUAGGAAUACCUUUACCAGCUUAUUUAUUUUUUGAGAUUGAGAUUGUCCUGAAAGAUUUCAAGGAGCUGCUUCAUGCAUAUAAGGUUUAUACUGAUCGGCAAUUUAUUUUUGUUCUCUUUCUUUCGUUGAAAAACAAGUCACAAAAAUGUACCUAUGUAAAGCGAGGAACAAACGGAUGAACAUGAGUAAGUGUGUCAAUCCAAUAUAUAAAUAUUACAGGCGGUUUCCGAGUUCUGAUGCCAUUUUGCUUCCUCUCGGGUUUAAACGGAGUCUUCAACCUUCUCAUCUUUAUCCAGUUUCCGGUCCUUGUUGUGUACUUCUUGGUUCCUAGUACUACUGGUUGUAAUUAUUUGGAUACUAUUAAUGAGACUUCUGCGUCCUGUACUCGUACUAUUUCCGCUCCCGUCACCUCAAAAAAAGCGAAGCUAGUCUGAAUCUUUUUGCAAAGUUGAUCAUGACGUAGGGCCGACGCACGAGCAGGGUCUUCACUGUGUUUGAAAGAGAAAGGACGAGAAUGAAAAUGAAAGGAAUACUAUGUGGGACGAUAGAUGAAACAUCUUCUCGUUCUAUUAAUUUAGUUUCCUUGUUACCUUCUUGGGAUUUUCAUUUUCUUGGGGUCGAUACCUAUGUAUCUGUACAUAUUAACAGGUAUACGAUACUAACGUCCGUGUUGGGUCUCGUCGAGCUCUUCUGCGCGUUUUGCGGGUGGCAAAUCUACAAAAGCGUGAGUAGUUAUCAGCUUGGUGGCAUGGGAGGCGGUUUCGGCGGCUUCGGUGCUGGGGCCAGACCCGCCGGUGGGAAUGCUGCGGGAGGUGGCCGCGUCGGCGGCGGCAGCCCAGGUGGCUCAGGCGGACCCGGGGCAGCCCCAGGCUUCGGUGGCUUGAAUGCUCCACCUGCACAGCAGCCGGGUUUCCAAGUUUUUCAAGGUCAAGGACGCAGACUCGGCGACUGAUCAUCGACGACAUGAUCGAGCAUCAGUUAGAGUCUACUAUUUUUCCAUUUCCAUACUUCCGUAGCAAGCAUUUGAGGCGCACUAGCCAGCUGCAACAGGGUUACCUUCAACAAGAACAUCAUACGCACGGCAUAUUACAUCAGUAAGGAGAAAAGAGAAGUAAGACAAUUUUUUUUAUGCCAGAAGAAGGCGGAGGGACGUCCAACGAAGAGGGGCGACGACGUGAUCCGAGGGGUCAAUGACUGUGUCCUCUGUUCCUUCACACAGAAAACCUCCUAUGAACAAGAGGUCUGUGUUAGCCAAGUAUCAACUCAUCCUCGGCCAAAACUCAGUCUACUUAAGUAUGUCACAAUGUAUUCACUCGCGCAGACACGACAAAUGAUUCUCAUCUUCAUUUAUUUUUAUUCUAUAUUUUUAUUUAUUCGCGCCCGCGCGCCAACGCUAUCGGACUCGCAAUCGCAAGAUCUCCGGGUUUAUUAUGGGUCAACAACAUAAGAUAAAGGGGAAAGCAGGCGCCUCCUUUUGGAUCUUACGCUUCUUGACGCACGAACAGCAACUUUGAUGUGCAUAGUACACGCCUGGAGGUGACACUCUCAUUCAUGUCGUCGGGCAGAGAACCGGCUGGCAUCAAGCCAGAUUGGUGCUUUGUGUAGUGUUUUUUAGUACAAAGAUUG